AUGAACAACAGUUCCGCUGCAGAUCCGUCCACCGACGAAGACGUUUUCUUUGGUUUCAGACCAGAGUUUUCGUAUCCUGUUGCAGCCUGUUACAUAGUUAUCACAGUGGUGGCGGUCUUUGGAAACUUCUUGGUCUGUUUCGCAAUACUUGCUAACCGGCAUCUCCGCAACAAUCCCACGAAUCUUUUCAUCUUUUCCUUGGCUCUUUCAGAUUUUCUCGCGGCAACGAUCGUGGUACCGUUUGAUAUAGAAUCACUUUUCCUUGACGGUGCAUGGAAUCAUGGAAGAGCAUUCUGCAUAGUUUGGCAGGUGGUGUACAUGAUUACUAUACCCAUCUCGAUUUUCAGCCUAUUGACCAUCAGUGUGGAUCGAUAUAAAACCCUCAGUGAUCCUUUGUCGCGGUUUAAGAAUUCACAGUUCAUGACCCAAACCAGAGCUUUAAUUGUUAUAGCGAUCAUCUGGCUGUAUUGCCCACUAUGGCCGUUUUUUGUCCUCAUGGGUUGGCGAGAGGAAGGAGAAGCAGAUGAUGAUGGCAUCUGCAUACUGCCAUACACAAAGAACUAUAUCCUUGUUUCGUCCUUUCCGAUGCGGCAGCCCUCCAAGGAUGAAAAAAAGGUGUAUUUGAGAAAUGUCAAAGCGGCUAAGACGACUUCAAAGUUCGUUUUGGCGCUGUUCUUCUGCUGGCAACCUUACUUUUAUUUUGCCAUUGCUAGUGCUAUCGACGGAGAAAACUGGGAACCGUUUCCUUACGAAGUUCACCCAGUGUUGUUGAUGUUUGGUUACCUUAACUCAGCACUUAAUCCGUUUCUUUUUGCCUUUUUCGACAAAAGUUUUAAGGCUGUUUAUAAAAAGCGUAAACCAGCUGUGAAACGGGCUGAACCGUGCAUAUCGUUUCGCCGGCUCUCAACGUUUUCACAAAGCACUGUCACCUCCGAUAUUCCGUAG